AUGGAAGAAAAACAUUGUGAAUAUCGUAGAAAAACAAAUAUAUACAAUCUUCAUUAUAAAUACAAUUCAAAAGAUUUCUUAUGUUCUCAUUGUUUAAAAAGUCAGAGUAAAAUAAACAAACAAUCAUAUAGUAAGAAUAUUGUUAAUGAAGGUGCUGUUAUAAUAGAUAACUAUGAUGUUGGUCAAUCUGUUUCUUGUGUUAAACAAGACUUAGUUGACAAGAUCGAGGCUCAAUUCCCAAAAGAAAAAACAGAAAAAAGAGUUAAAAAUGAAUAUCCAACACUUGAUGAUUAUGUUCAGACUUACUUAUAUCUCUCUAGAAUGGAAAAGAAAGAAGAACGUAGUGUAGUUGAAGUUGAAUUAAGACAAGAAAAACAACGUAUUAAAUUUAUUAAACACCCUGGAUUUACAACUGUUGAAAUUAACCUUCCUAAAGCUAUUGGAGGUCUUCAGUUAGAAGAUGAAGUGAUUAUUAGUUGUGGUGGAUUAAAAGGAAUGGUUAAUGAUACAAAUUCAACAGAAACUAAGUUAUUUCCAUCUCUAAUUUUCAAGUCAUCAAAAUGUGUGUUUGGAGGAAAUAUUACAUCAAGUAGAGGUAAAACAGUUGUUGUUAGAUUACAAGAUUUUCUUUUUGGAAUAGAAUCUACAGAUUAUAAGACAGGUAAAAUUACCAUGAAAUAUCCAACAAAUGAGGAAAAAUGGAAAUACAAUGAAGAAAUAGUGAAGAAAACAUCGUUAUUUAGGAUAUAUUUUCUUACUAAUGAUAAAGGAAAUCCAUUCAUUAGAACAUUAGAUGUAUUACAAUCACGAGAAAUUGAUGAAUAUUAUUCAAAAAUAUUGUGUUGUCACAAAAAACAAUCAACAAAAACAAAAGAAAUAAUAACUUAUGAAGAAAUGUCAGCAGAGAAAUACAAUAUUCCUAAUUUAUCUAAUUUGAACGAUUAUCAAAGGAAAGCAAUUUAUAAUGCGUUAAACGAAGAUAUUUCACUUGUAAUAGGACCACCUGGAACUGGUAAAACUACAGUUGCUGUAUCAAUUGCACAAUACUUGAUUUAUAACAAACGUAGAUUUUAUAAUAUAAAUCGAGGUGAAAAAAAAUUAUUAGUUUGUGCAUCAAGCAAUAAUGCUGUUGAUGUGAUUUGCUCAAAACUUAUUGAAAAAGGUGUUCCAACAGUUAGAGUAGUUGCAGAUGAACAGUUUGAAAAUUGUAGUGAUAAAAUAAGAGAAAAUUCAUUAUUAAAAAAAGCAAUAGAAUUUACAGAGAGAAGAGGAAUUAAAGAAAUAACAGUAAAAAAAAAACAAAAUAAAAAAACAGAUAAUGGUUUUGAUGGUGGUGUUGAAUUUGAUGAUGAAUUAGAAGAAUCAAUAACAGUCAAUAUAAGAAAAUUACUAAAGAAAAAGUAUGGACAAUAUCCAACAGAAGAUGAAAAUAGAGAAGUUCAAAAAUGUUAUGAAACAUAUCUAUCAACACCAAUAUAUCAGAUGGUAUAUGGAACAUUUGAAAAUUUUGUCAAACAAACUAAUUCAGAAAUACAAAAAAUUAUUGAUAGAGUUUCUCAAAGAAUAACAUUAGAAGAAAAUGACUAUAUUAAUAAAUUCAUCUCAACAUAUUUUGAUGACAUAUUAUCUGGAAUAGAAUGUGUUUGUUCUACACUCAGUCUUUGUACUCGUCCAACAUUACUAAAACAAAAAUUUUUUGCAUCUAUUGUUGAUGAAGCUGCUCAGUCUCUUGAACCAGAGACAUUGGCUGGAAUUAUUAAUGUUAGAAAAACUGUGUUAAUUGGAGAUAUUCAACAAUUACAACCAACAUGUCUUUCAACUGAAGCUAGAGAAGCAGGAUUCCAAAAAUCAAUGUUUGAACGAUUUAUGGCAAAUACACAAAUCAAAAGAACAAUGUUAAAAACACAAUACAGAAUGCAUCCAGCAAUUUCAGAAUUCUCAAAUAAAAUGUUUUAUUCUUCUAAAUUAGAGAAUGGAGUGAGUAGUAAAGAUAGAUUUGAUGAUAGGAUUAUUAACUUCUUCCCAGAUUACACAAAUCCUAUAAUGUUUAUUAACUGUGAUGGAACAGAGCAUUAUGGAAGUAGUGGAACAAGUUAUAAUAAUGCAGGAGAAGUUCAAAUAAUACAAGAGGUUGUUGAGAAAUUGUUGAAUAACGAUAUUGAAGAAAAUGAAAUAGGAAUUAUUUCACCAUAUCAAGCUCAACAAGAACUUAUUUCUCAAUAUGUUUCUACAAAGAUUAAAGUUGCUAAUAUUGAUGGAUUUCAAGGAAAUGAAAAAGAAUAUAUUAUCUUUUCUUGUGUUAGGUCAAACCAAACUCUUGGUGUUGGAUUUGUGAAUGAUUAUAAAAGACUAAAUGUUGCAUUAAAAAGAGCUAAAAGUGGAUUAAUUAUUAUUGGUAAUAUCCAAACGUUAAUAACAUCUAAAGUUUGGAAUAUGCUAAUUCAUCAAUUUUAUUUGAGAGAUGCUUUAUUUGAAUUGAAAGAACAUGACUUUGUUCAAUACAACGUUGAAAACCAAGAAGAAUUUAAUCGUCCAUUAGAAAAAUCUCCAUUCCAAGUUCAAUAUGAGGUUGAUGACCUUAAAACGAAUGCCAACACAUUCAAAUCAACGAGUAGAUGUAUUUUAAAGAAACCAAGUUCUGAAGCAACAAGAACCAAAACCACUCAACAAACAAUCUUUCAUAAAACACAACCACUAAAAAUGUUUUCUUUUCAAGAAAAUCUAAAAAUAUCCGAGAAACGUGAGGAAAAAACGUAUUACUCAAGAAGAAGAUAUUUUUCAAGAAUCUCUAAUUAA